ACGAACCUAUAAGCCGACUGCAGUCUUGAUGAGUCGGUUCCGUGAACACGUCUGUGUAUCGGGUUUUUAUAUAUUUUGGUAGUUUCUUUUAAUUUGUUCAAAGUCAGGAAGACUAAUAAAUCGAUAUUGAUAGAUUGUUUUGCUUUUAAUAAGUCAAAAUACAUACAUGACGACGAUUUAAUUAGUUCGGUUCAGUGACGGAACAUCGAAAAGAAAAAUGCCUUGCCGUUAUCAACCGCGAAGCCUGUUGGAGCUCUCCGAGGACGCGGUUGCGUCCGGUCUGGUGGGCACGUGCUACGAGGCGCACGAGAUGUCGCAUCGGGACGCCGCGUGGACGCAAUCACGCACGUUGGCGUUCACCAGACACCGGGUGCGGCCGUUCUGGACCGCGUCCGUCCCGUCGCCCGUCCGCCGCCGGUUGCUGGACAAGUGCAUGGACCGCAUGGCGGACGCGAUACGCGAUGGCCACGCCAUCAGCUCGGCCGUGGGCAACGUGUCGCUGUACCUGCUGCACAUCAUGCUGGACACGGACAUCCGGGGCCUGAGGGUACAGCUGUGCUGUUACUACGGGUGCAGCCACCAGACCGCUUUAUUCAAACUGUUGGCGACCGAAGCCAAAGGGCUGGUUUCGCUGGAACUGGCCCGACAGACUCUGUUCAGUUUGGAUGCACAACUAUUUCAUAAAGUACUGUUAUCAACGACUAAUUUGAAAAGAUUGGUGUUAAAAAAUAUAGCUAGCGAUAAAAUCCUUAAAACUAUUGGUCAGUCAUGUUCUCAGCUAGAAAUACUCGAUGUAUCUCAUUCGAGUCAAGUAACCGAUAAUGGUAUAAAAGAUCUCCUACUACAAGUUGAAAUUAAAGAUAAAUUAAAUCAUUUUAAGAGAAAAAAGAUUCAAACAACUAAUAAAAUGUCUUGGUGGAAUGUUAUAAGAACACUAUCAAGAAAAAUUAAAGUAAAAACAGUUAGCGAAAGAAGCAAAAUAAAUAAUUUAUCAUUUAUCUUAGAAUAUUGUCAACAACCAACCAAGCUAUGUUCUACAUUGUAUAUGUUAAAUAUUGCCAAUACUAGUGUCACAAGUCAUGGGAUCCUAAUUGCUUUAAAAAGUAUACCAAAAUUGGAAACAUUAGGCGAAUACUGUCACAUUGGUAAAGCUUUAGAAUUACUAGAUAAAUCUUCAAUACCACCAACUAAACUUCAACUCACUAUGGCUAAUGCGUUUCGUACAACUUCAUCAAGAUUACAAUUACUUUGUAACACAUGUACAAAAUUAAAUAGACUGACUAUUACAGAACCAUUGCAUUCUCCAAUGAUGCUCAGUCAGUUACCCAAAACUCUUACAUUUAUAAAUUUACAAAAUGUUCCUACCGAUAAUGCAUGGUUAGAUGGAUUAUACAAAUUCUUGUCGGGGCCACAAUCACAAAACUUAUGUGAGCUGUUUUUAAAGUUCCGAAGAGAAGAAGUUCUACCAACGGUUGAUUUGAAUAAUUUUUUACCUCAAUUAGUUAAUCUUGAAACAUUGUCAAUCGAUGGAGUUCAAUCAACAUUCCAUUCAGAUUGCUCAAAUAUUGUACUAAAAAAACUAGAGAAAAUCCAACUCAGUAAUAUUGACAAUUCGAACACAUUGCAACAACUAUUGGAAUGCACACCAAGUUUGAAAGUAUUACACGUUUAUGUUUGUUUGGGAUUAAAUAGUUCAAACCUAAUAGACAUAUUAAAUACUAGAGAAACUUUUCCUGCAAAAAAAAUUUCAAAAAGUUUAAACUGUAUAUAUAUUAAUGAUCUAACUCUAGCCAAUAUUAAUACAAUUAAAUGUAUUAUGGAUUUGUGUCCAGAAAUAAAUAAAAUUGGUAAUAUCAAUAAUUGGGACAUUAGCCAAGAAGAGAUUAAAGAGUUAAAUAUGUGGAAACAUAUAAAUAAUUUUAAAUUAGAAAUACAUGCAAAUUCACAUUGGUACUGUUCCGAAUGUUUUCCUAUUUUGUAAUAUUUCAACAUAAAAAUAAUUUAUUUAAUAUUUAAAUA